AGGUAUAAUAGUGUCUUCAAGAAAAACAACGAAAACGCAAAUAACGUAGCUGGAGUUUGAUGUUAGAUCGCAGCUUUGUGAAAUAGUUUUGAAGUAACAUCCCAACUAGAUUUUCUAGAGAGAGAGAGUGAUUUUUCUAGAGAGAGAAAGAAAGAGGCAUGAUGCAACCCCGAAGAUCUCCGCGAAACCCUUUCCUCUUUGCCUUGAUCUCUCUGCAACUGCAAUUCCUUUCUGGCCUAGCCGACAACAACCCAUCAGAUCCCAAGAGUGCAAAUAAAGAUGUGAGUGAACAUGUUUCCAAAGGUUCUACGGGUCUCAAGAUACUUCUUAUAUUACUUGGUGUGGUAGCAGUCAUAGCAUCUGGUGUUUUUCUUUUCAAAUUAUGGCAAAGAAAGAAGAGAGAAGAACAGCAUGCUCGGCUUUUGAAGCUGUUCGAAGAUGAUGAUGAACUUGAGGUUGAACUCGGUAUGCGGGAUUAACAACUUAUCUUGUUCAUUCACACACACUUGAAAAUUUGCACAUCAACAAGACCAUGAUCCUUUUCCAUUCAAACUCCAGCAGAGGUUAUAUUUCGAAAUGUCUGAACUUGUCUCUAGUUUGUUCCUCUCAUGAUUUGGCAUGGGAGAUUUAGGCCAUCAGCUUGAAGCAUUUUUAUAUUUUAUUAUUGUAAAAUCAUUUUGUAAAUCAUAUAUGUUGAUUCUUCUUAAUAACAAGAUAUCAAUCAAAGUUUGUCUAAGAAAUUUGUUACUCUUCUGCUA